GUGGAACUGCCAACUCAUGGAAAUUGAUACGCUCAACAGGUAUAGUAGGGUAACCAAAAAAUUCGGCCAACAUUAAUUUUUGCGUCGCAUUAAUAAACAAAAACCGAUAUUGCGUCUCUUCUGCUGAUUCCGAAUUCCGAUGAUGGCAAAGUGAACGCCUUUGUUUUAUAUUGCUCCACUUUCAUCACAUCCUAGAGCCAAUCAUCUCCCGAUCAGCUCUAAAAGUUUCAGGUUUGUAGAGUGUGUUAGCAAAUGGGGAACGCCUCGUCAAUGCUUACUCAAUACGAUAUAGAAGAGGUUCAACGACACUGCCAUAAUCUAUUCUCCCAGCAAGAAAUCGUGUCAUUGUAUCAAAGAUUUUGUCAGCUAGAUCGAAAUGCAAAAGGAUUUAUCUCAGCUGAUGAAUUCUUAUCAGUGCCUGAGUUUGCAAUGAAUCCAUUAUCCCAGAGACUACUCAAAAUGGUGGAUGGUUUGAACUUCAAAGAUUUUGUGGCCUUCUUAUCUGCGUUUAGCACUAAAGCAACUGUGGAACAGAAAAUAGGACUUAUUUUCAAGGUAUUUGACUCAGAUGGUAAUGGAAAAGUGUCUUUCAACGACAUAUUAGAAGUGCUUCAAGAUUUGUCUGGUUCUUUCAUGUCUGAUACGCAAAGAGAGCAAGUUCUGUGUCAAGUUUUGAAGGAGGCAGGUUACUCAAGGGAAUCUUAUUUAAUGCUGGAUGACUUUAUUAAGGUUUUUAGAAAUUCUGGCCUAAAAAUGGAGGUUGAAGUUCCGGUUGACUAAUCUAACCUGGCAGUCUUCCAUACUUCAGUUGCAAACGAGCACCUGGAGAAACGACCCUUUAUUGUGCCUACUGUAAAAAUGCUUCAUUAGUGAAAUUGAUAGCAGAUACACCUGUACUGAUUUUCUUUUUCUGUUUAUAUUCUCAAAGGAAAUAUGAAGAACAAGCAACUUGUGCAUGCAAUAAAAAUUUAGCUUGUUCGUAAUGGUC